UUUUGUGCUGCGUUGUUUUGCGAGUGGCUAACGGGCUAAUCUCAGCUGCUAGUUUCUGAAAUUAUAAACGUAUUGAUCUAUCUUUUCGCACUAUUUCUGAAGGAACGAACAAUGGCUGACCCAAGAGUAAGACAAAUAAAAAUCAAGACCGGUGUGGUUAGACGUUUGGCCAAGGAGAAGAUGAUGUACAUAAAGGAGUCAAAGCAGCAGGAGGAGAAGGUUGAGCGGCUGAAGGCCGAAGCAGAAGACGAGUAUGUAAUCAAAAAACAGGUGGAGGUAUUGCAGGAAGCAAAAAUGAUGGUUCCUGACUGUCACCGGCGCUUAUCUAUAGCCCAUGCUGACCUGCAGCAACUAUUGGAAGCAGAGGAAGAAUUUGCUGAAACAGAAGAAUACAAGGAGGCCAGAACUAUUUUAGAUUCAGUCAAGCUAGAAGGGUGAUGUCCAGGCAUAAACACACACUGACAUCUCAAGUGUCCAUUCCAGUUAUUCUCACUUGUUUAGUGUUUCUGCAGUACUGCGAUGAGUUUACUGUGGCCUCUGGUCUGUGUUUUACUCAUUUUUGUAUGAAUUCACAAUAAUGCAAAACUAUCUCUUUGGCCUUACAUGUUAAAAUUUACAGCCGUGAAAUAAAGUUUCUUUUUACCAUUACAA